AUGAUUGACAUGAGAGAUUCAGUCAGCCCAGAAGAACAUGCAUGCCAAAUGGUGGUCCAGUCUUCUGCAGGCUCUGACCUGGACAGCCGUUUGAAGACAACUGCAGACCAGUUGUGCAAAUGGAAGCCGGAUCUUUAUGAGGUGCAGACGACAGGGGGUCUCGGGGGACGACUGAUGCUGUACUGCGCAAGCUGCGCACAGCUCGCUGUGCAGCCUCCAUCAGAAGGGUGCAGCUGUGCAGCUGCUCCGCUGGCGUCCACGGUGCGGCCAGAUCUUAAGUGUGGUAUCACCAGCCACAGGAGAUUCCGUGUUUUUUCUUUUAUGUGUUCAGUGACGAACAAGAAACCAGCUCAAGCGUCUAUUACGAAGGUGAAGCAAUUUGAAGGCUCUACAUCUUUUGUCAGGAGAACGCAGUGGAUGCUUGAGCAGCUUCGCCAGGUCAAUGGUAUAGACCCUAAUCGGGAUUCCCCAGAAUUUGAUUUACUAUUUGAAAAUGCUUUUGACCAAUGGGUAGCAAGCACAGCUUCAGAAAAAUGCACAUUCUUUCAGGUUCUACAUCACACUUGUCAGCGAUACCUUACAGACAAGAAGCCAGAAUUUAUCAACUGCCAAUCUAAAAUUAUGGGAG